CAGGUAUGCCACAUCAUCCUGCUCAUCCACAGGGAACUGUUUCAUCCUGACAGACUAUUGAAGAGAUGUGGCAGCCUUGGUAGAUUUGUCCAAAAUGUGCUUGAUCAGGCAAGCCCAGGACUGCCCAGGAUGGGAGACUGGCUAUGGCCAAAUGGAGGCUUGGAAAGAGGCUUGCCAAAUCUCUUGCUCAGCCAUCCUGUGGAAGUAAUGUCAGAAGCUUGGAUGUAGGUGGAACAGGGAGCUGGCUUCACAUUACCCACCUUUCUUAGCUGGUGGCUAAUCCAGUCUGACUCCUGUGGUGGAUAUAAGUUGCCACUGACCAGGGAUAUUUAGGUGGGGCCCUGCCUCCCUGUGCAGACAGGCUUGCCAGGUAGCUAGUCCUCUAGCUGCUCCUGAGAUGGGCCUAGGAUAGGGUGCGAGAGCAAGGGAGCUAGAAGAGGGCAUGGUACCUGUAUUUUUGGGGAAAGAUGCAUCACUGUAAGCGAUACCGCUCCCCUGAGCCAGACCCGUACCUGAGCUACCGCUGGAAGAGGAGGCGGUCUUACAGUCGGGAACAUGAAGGGAGACUGCGAUACCCAGCCCGAAGGGAGCCUCCACCCCGAAGAUCUCGGUCCAGAAGCCAUGACCGCCUGCCCUACCAGAGGAGAUACCGGGAGCGUCGAGACAGUGAUACAUACCGAUGUGAAGAGCGGAGCCCAUCCUUUGGGGAGGACUGCUAUGGAUCUUCACGUUCUCGUCAUCGGCGGCGGUCACGGGACAGGGGGCCAUAUCGAACCCGAAAGCAUGCCCAUCACUGCCACAAACGCCGCACCAGGUCUUGUAGCAGCGCCUCCUCGAGAAGCCAACAGAGCAGUAAGCGCAGCAGCCGGAGUGUGGAAGAUGACAAGGAGGGCCACCUGGUGUGCCGGAUCGGCGAUUGGCUCCAAGAGCGAUAUGAAAUCGUGGGGAAUCUAGGUGAAGGCACCUUUGGCAAGGUGGUGGAGUGCUUGGACCAUGCCAGAGGGAAGUCUCAGGUUGCCUUGAAGAUCAUCCGCAACGUGGGCAAGUACCGGGAGGCUGCCCGACUAGAAAUCAAUGUUCUCAAGAAAAUCAAGGAGAAGGACAAAGAGAACAAGUUCCUGUGCGUCUUGAUGUCUGACUGGUUCAACUUCCACGGUCACAUGUGCAUCGCCUUUGAGCUCCUGGGCAAGAACACCUUUGAGUUCCUGAAGGAGAAUAAUUUCCAGCCUUACCCCUUACCACAUGUCCGGCACAUGGCCUACCAGCUCUGCCACGCCCUUAGAUUUCUACAUGAGAACCAGCUGACCCACACAGACUUGAAGCCAGAGAACAUCCUGUUUGUGAAUUCUGAGUUUGAAACUCUUUACAAUGAGCACAAGAGCUGCGAGGAGAAGUCAGUGAAGAACACCAGCAUUCGAGUGGCUGACUUUGGCAGUGCCACCUUUGACCACGAACAUCACACAACCAUUGUGGCCACCCGUCACUAUCGCCCGCCUGAAGUGAUUCUUGAGUUGGGCUGGGCACAGCCCUGUGAUGUCUGGAGCAUCGGCUGCAUUCUCUUCGAGUACUACCGGGGCUUCACACUCUUCCAGACCCAUGAAAACCGAGAGCACUUGGUGAUGAUGGAGAAAAUCCUAGGGCCCAUCCCAUCACACAUGAUCCACCGUACCAGAAAGCAGAAAUAUUUCUACAAAGGGGGCCUUGUUUGGGAUGAGAACAGCUCUGAUGGCCGGUAUGUGAAGGAGAACUGCAAACCUUUGAAGAGUUACAUGCUCCAAGAUUCUCUGGAGCAUGUGCAGCUGUUUGACCUGAUGAGGAGGAUGUUAGAAUUUGAUCCUGCCCAGCGCAUCACACUGGCGGAGGCCCUGUUGCAUCCCUUCUUUGCUGGCCUGACCCCUGAGGAGCGGUCCUUCCACACCAGCCGCAACCCCAGCAGAUGACAGGAGCAGGCCCAUGCUCAAGGAGAGGGAGAGCGGGACUGGGCUGCCAGCCCCUUUUCUCCAGCCUCUUCCACCGGGCCUCAGCCAGAGCCACUCGAUGAACAGUGCAAUGUGAAGGAAGGCAGGAGCCUGCAGGGGAGGAGACUUGGUGCCCAGCUGCCAGAAAGCACAGAUUUGACUCAAGCUAUUUAUAUGUUGUAAAGUUAUAAUAAAGUGUUUCUUACUGUUUGUAACCCCUGGUACCAGUGUGUCCAUCUCCAGGCUCCUUCCUUGUCUUCUCCCUUCCCUGACCUUAUUAAUAAAGUCUUUC